AAUAAAUAAAAUCCCUUAAAACUGCGUGUAGUAAUUUUCCAGUCCCAUUCAUGAAAAUCUGUCCCACUUUAGUUCGGAAGUGUGCCCUUAGGGCUUACAUAAGCAGCCCCCUCGUUUCAACCCCUAGGGAUAAAUAUAUUUUUUGAAUAGCUUAUACAUGAAUGAGGUGAGAGGCUAAUUAAUGCUAGAACUACAACAGGUUGGCCUAAAUAGAAGUUUAUUAUAUUUUUGAUUAACGAAUAAUAAUUUAUUUUUGUAAAAAUGAUUUCUAAUAAAAAUACAAGUAACGAAAAUAGCCACAUUUUGGAGAAUAGGAGUCAAUAUCAAAAAUUUUCCGAGGAUAGGGGAAGUAGUAUAGAUUCGCACGAGAAUGCGUUUGAUGAUAUGAAACAGUUGAUAACGGACGAGGAAAACGAAAACAAAUCCUCGCUUCAUUUCGCCAGUUUCAAUUUCAUCAACUCGAUAAUUGGCAGCGGAGUAAUAGGUAUUCCUUAUGCGCUCCACGAAGCAGGAUUCGGUUUCGGCUUGCUCCUGUUGGUGUUCGUUGCUUACGUCACCGAUUACUCGCUUAUUCUGAUGAUCAAAGCCGGUCACAUAAGCGGAAGAUUCUCCUAUCAAGGUAUCAUGGAGGCUGCCUUUGGAAAACCAGGAUAUAUUUUGUUGGGUAUAUUGCAGUUCUUUUAUCCAUUCAUAGCUAUGGUUUCCUAUAAUGUAGUAGUUGGAGACACUGUAACCAAAGUGAUAGUACGCCUAACUGACAUAGAACCAGAUAACAUUUUUGCCAACAGAGAAGUUAUAGUUUUGAUAGCCACGAUUUUUAUUACUGUCCCGCUGUGCCUGUACAGGGACAUUUCUAAGCUGGCCAAAAUAUCGUUUUUCAGUUUGGUCUGUAUCGGAUUCAUAUUGUUCUCAAUUAUGUUUAGAAUUGGUAAAGUGAGCGAAAUCGUACCUGACCACCCACAUGCUUGGAGAUUUUUCAAUAGUGAUAUUAUACCAGCUAUAGGAAUUAUGGCUUUUGCAUUUAUGUGUCAUCACAAUACAUUUUUGAUAUACAGUUCAAUAGCGGAUCCUUCACAGAAAAAAUGGGAAACUGUAACGCAUGCUUCGAUAUUAACAAGCCUUCUGGUGGCAUGCUUGUUCGGUAUUGCUGGUUAUGCUACAUUUACGGCUUAUUCGCAAGGUGAUUUACUGGAAAACUAUUGUUGGGACGAUGAUUUAAUGAAUGUCAGUCGAAUCUUAUUUAGCGUUCAAAUUCUAUUAACCUACCCCAUAGAAUGUUUUGUGACGAGAGAAGUUAUUGAGCAUUCUAUCAUGAACAAAGAGCCUAACGAACACAUGCCUGAUAGAAUUCAUUAUGGGAUUACGUUAGCCAUUAUUACUUCAACGUACCUUAUAUCAAUGGCGACAGAUUGUCUUGGAGUUGUUUUGGAACUGAAUGGUGUUUUGGCAGCAGUACCGUUGGCCUAUGUCCUACCAGCCCUCUGUUAUCUGCGCCUCGAAGAAGGAGUAAUAUUUUGUAGGGAAAAAAUUCCAGCUUUGGGAGUGGCAUUUUUUGGACUAACCGUCGCCACGUUGGGCGUUGUUUUUCUAUUUAUGGACUUGGAGCAAGUGAAUCAAUGCAGUCACGGUGACGCGAUGAUCUACUGUACCGAAAGGAACUCGACUUUUGCUGGUAAUGAUAGUUUGGAGGCUGUGUAAGUAUAGUUGAGGUCCUAAGUUAUUUGUUAGAAAAAAAAAUAAAACAAAAAAGUAAAUUAACAGAAAUUACCUACUAACAAUCAAAUAAUAGGAGCUUAUAUAAAAUUUAAAUAUAAAUAAGGAAUAUAUAACUAAAAGAUACUAUUAAAAAGUAUCUAAAUAUUUAUUUAAAAAUAUGCAAUAUAAUAAUAGUGAUACUUUGCCAAAUAAUUUGUGAUUUUGAGAAAUAAUAUAUUUACACUAUAAAUAACAGAGCACACGUUCACAGUUUACAGGAUGGUGCAUAAUAGACCAAACAUUUCCAUCCUGUAUUAUUUAUAGAGAGAGAAUUUUGUUAUAUAUAAAAAUAAAUACUAGUUUGGAAUGUAAAGUUCGCUACGCGGAAGAUAAUAAUAGACUUUAAUAAUAAGGACCGAAAUCGAAACAAUGCAUUUGCUCCCUCUCCCACUUCAGGCCUUUAUCUUCCGUGUGGCAGACUUUUUGCUCUGUAAAAUCUAUAUCGAAGGUAAGCAGUAUUACGCACCUCAUUUCAGGUAACAAAUUUUCUUUGCGAAUAUUCGUUUAAGUAUAAUGGUGCGAUGAACGGACGUAACAUUGAUAAGCAUUCGAUUUAUACUCUAGGUUUGGUUAUGAUGUUAAUAUUAGUUGUUAAAAAUAAUUGGGUCUAAUUUACUAUUGCCUAAAAUUAAAUAGCGCCACAAAUAUAUGAGACCAAUCAAAAGACCCUUGACGGAAAGGUCAACAGUAAAUUGCCCUUGUCAAACGCCUACAUUUUGUUUUAGGCAGCCUAAAGGCUUAUUUUCGUAAAUAAAUAUAAACAGCCAUAAUAUUUAUUUACACUAUAGGAUAAUAUUUUAAUAUAUUUAUGAAAAAGUAGAAAGGAAAGGACUAUUCGAAUGUCCCUGAUGGAUUUGCUGCAAACAAAAAUAAUUAUUUGAAUGAAUGGAAUGCCAUUUCAUUAUUUAUUAUACUAAUGGAUUUUCCAUCGAAAAAGUUGUAUAUAAAAUUGUUAUUAAUAUUAACGCUACUUGUGAUAAACUACGAAAUACUAAAAGUAAGUUUAUGGCCUUAUAAUAUGUUAACGAUAUAGUGAGUUAUUGAUGUAUGCCUACUUUUAAACAAACUAUUCUGUAUUCUUCAUAAAUCCGUUCCAUUUUUACAGGGUUUCAAGCUACAAUUUUACAAGUUAUUUUUUCGAUGAUGAUACAUUUGCCAAUAAUUACUGCUUGUUUAGAUAUUUUCUCAAAAAUUUGAAUUUGUCUUAGGUAGGUACCUAUACUAAAGUAUAGAAUAGAUUUUAAAGAAUUGAAAACUCAUCCUAAAAUGCACUAAAAAAGUUUACUUACUAUUUAUAAGUUUUCAGGACUCUUUCCUUGUAUUUCGCACCCUUUUCAAGAACUAUUCCUAGUAGGCAUUGAGAAAUUUAUAGAAAUAUAUCUCUUAAAUAA